GGUGGGAGGGGAGGGCUCAGCUGGGCUGGCUGGAACCCGGGCAGAGCGUGGGGAGCACCCAAGUGGGGCCAGAGGGACAUCGUGUGCAGCAGCGAGGAGCCUGCCGAGGAACAUGGCGCUGCUCUGGGGGCUCCUGGUGCUCAGCCUGUCCUGCCUGCAAAGCCCCUGCUCAGCGUUCUCUCCUGUGAGCACCAUGGAGCCCUUGGGCCUGCAGCUGAUGAGCGGGCAGACCCAGCAGAAGCUACCCCUACUUUCCCUCCUCAAGUUGGGCAACCAGGAGCCUGGUGGCCAGACUGCCCCCAAGAAGGCCCCAGGAGACUGCAAGGGGUCCCCAAACCCGGAGCAGACCCGCAGGCUGGCCCAGGCCAUGAUGGCCUUCACCACAGACCUCUUCUCCCUGGUGGCCCAAAGCUCCACCAGACCCAACCUGAUCCUGUCGCCUCUGAGUGUGGCCCUGGCACUGUCUCACCUGGCACUAGGUGCUCAGAACCAAACGCUGCAGAGGCUGCAGCAGGUGCUGCACGUGGACUCAGGGCCCUGCCUCCCCCACCUGCUCAGCCGCCUCUGCCAGGACCUGGGCCCUGGGGCUUUCCGAUUGGCUGCCAGAAUGUACCUGCAGAAAGGAUUUCCCAUCAAAGAGGACUUCGUGGAACAAUCAGAACAGCUCUUUGGUGCAAAGCCCAUGAGCCUGACGGGAAGGAAGAGGGAUGACCUGGCAAACAUCAACCAAUGGGUGAAGGAGGCCACAGAGGGGAAGAUUGAGGAUUUCCUCUCAGAUCUGCCAGAUGACACAGUGUUGCUUCUCCUCAAUGCCAUCCACUUCCAGGGCUUCUGGAGGAGGAAGUUCGACCCGAAUCUCACGCAGAGAGACACUUUCCACCUGGACGAGCAGUUCACGGUGCCGGUGGACAUGAUGCAAGCCCGCACGUACCCGCUGCGCUGGUUUCUGCUGGAGCAGCCUGAGAUCCAGGUGGCUCAUUUCCCCUUUAAGAACAACAUGAGCUUUGUGGUCAUCGUGCCCACCCAUUUUGAGUGGAACGUGUCCCAGGUGCUGGCUAACCUGAGCUGGGGCAUCCUGCACCAGCCCUUGCUGCGGGAGAGGCCCACCAAGGUCCAGCUGCCUAAGCUGCAUCUGAAAUACCAAAUGGACCUGGUGGCCAUCCUCAGCCAGCUGGGCCUGCAGGAACUGUUCCAGGCCCCGGACCUGCGUGGGAUCUCAGACCAGAGCCUGGUGGUGUCCAGCGUGCAGCAUCAGUCCACGCUGGAGCUCAGAGAGGCCGGCGUGGAGGCGGCCGCGACAACCAGCACGGCCAUGUCCCGCAUGUCCCUCUCCUCCUUCAGCGUGAACCGCCCCUUCCUCUUCUUCAUCCUCGAGGACAGCACGAGCCUGCCCCUCUUUGUGGGCAGCGUGAGGAACCCCAAUCCUGGCGCGCAGCCGGAGCCCAAGGAGCAGCAAGAUUCCCCUGACAACAGGGACUUUUUCCAGCACCAGAAAGUCUUCCCCCGCGGAGACAAGCCCUUCGGCCCUGACUUAAAACUUGCGCCCCCCUCGGAGGAGGAUUACCCCCAGCCUAGCAGCCCCAAGUGAGGGGCUGUGGCCGCCAGCAUCCCAAGUCCCUGCUUGGACCAGCCUCUCAACUCAUGUGACUCUUUCCAAACAGCUUUGCGGGAUUGCGGGCGGGGGCCUGGGGGGCAGUCU